UGCGCCUUGCUUGCUUCUGGAGGCAUUUGGCGGUGAAUUCGGUGUUUUUUUCAGUCUACCCCGACCCUAUAUAGCCUACAGGUAUGCACCCCUCGCCGAAGGUAUUGUGGUCCACACAAAGGAACUCGCUCCACUUUCCUAUUUGAGGUGACCUCCUUCUCAGCACGCGACCGCUGGCCAGCCUGCCUUGUUGUCCAACGUGAAGAUCUCGCCUUUUGGAUUUCGGGUAGAAUGUUUUAGCCAUAUAUAAAGAUAGAUUCUCAAUUGAUAGGGACUAUGAUAUAUUCUGCAUUUGGGUAUGUUACGCAUUGUCAAGGCAAGACAUUUGAUUCCUUGCGCCUGAACAUAAGCUAGAAUCGACAACCCAAUCAAUGAAUGUCCUUUUUGAAUUAUUCUCCAACGUUUCUUGAACUGCAGAGGCUAUAGCCUACUACAGAAACUGGAAUAUUGCAUUUAUUGUGUGUGUACGCUGUAGCCAUUUCCAACGUCAAGAUGCAGUUUCGGACAGUGUUGGAUGUAAAAGUCGUGGACGUGGAGAAGCGGCGCAAUCCGUCCAAACAUUACGUGUAUCUCAUCAAUGUCACAUACUCUGACAACACCUCCCACAUAAUCUACAGGAGAUACAGCAAAUUCUUUGACCUUCAGAUGCAGAUUCUUGACAAGUUCCCAAUCGAGGGAGGGCAGAAAGAUCCCAAGAAGAGAAUCAUCCCAUUUCUCCCAGGUAAAAUCCUGUUCAGACGGAGUCAUGUGCGUGAUGUGGCCAUGAAGAGGCUACGUUUCAUCGAUGACUACUGCAGGGCUCUGGUCCGUCUCCCUCCUCAGUUGUCUCAGAGUGAGGAGGUGCUGCGCUUCUUUGAGACCAAAGCUGAUGACCUCAACCCCCCAGUAGAGUGA